AUGGCCGUCAUCGGUAUCUCUCUCAUCGUCGCCUCCGUCCUCUGGGUCCUGGUCCGCCCGCCCCCUUGGCUCGCGACCUUCCUUCUCCCCUGGCGCACGAGGCGAGGCCUCGGAAAACCUCCCACGCGCCGCCCGUCUCACGGCGCCAGCAGCGAUGGCGUAACCCCAAGCGACCAGGGGACGGAGCUGGAUAACCAGCAGCCGCCGCGCCCUCGGUGGAGGUGCGCAUCCAAGAGCCAGAGCCGGAACCGGAACCGGAGCCAGAGCGAGAGCCACACCCUUCCUCCAGCUACUCGUCGAGGACGGCGAACCCGCCCCCGCCCCCGCCCCCGCCGCACCCACGAUACCACGCACCGAGACCAAAGCCGCCCAGGACCGCCUCGCCAUGCCUCCGCCCCCACCCCCGCCGCGCCCACAAUACGACAACAAGACGCCUCCACCCCGACGGGCGAGCAGCAAACAACGCCCAAAGCCAAGCCUACCCAGCCACCGCCCUCUUCCAUCCCGAGCUUCUCCCUCUCCUCCGGGUCAGCCGGCACCACCACCACCACCACCACCACCACCACCACCACCACCACCCCGGCGCUCAACCUGCCCGGCACCCCCAACCUCCGACCCCCGUUCCCUCCUUCCCCGCCGCCAACUCCCCGCAACGCGCCGGCGGCAACGCCAUCUCCGCCAUCCCCACCUUGCAACCCCCGUGCCCUCCUUCCCCGCCGCCAACUCCCCCAACGAGCCGGCGGCAACGCGGCCUCUACCGGCCCGGGCCCCAACCGCCUCCCCUCCCUCUUCCCCAGCGGCGCCCCUCCCGCCCAAACCCUCCCCAACCGCGGCGGCCCCGCCCCCAACCGCCUCUCCUCCUCCGCCGGCUCCUCCUCCCUAGCCCCGCCCUCCUCCUCGUCAUCUCUCGCCCCGCCUCCCUCCCACACCACCAAGCCCGCCAAACCCUCCCGCAAGGUCCUCCUCGCCCCGGGCCACUCCCCUCGACUGGGCCUCCAUCUCCGGUCCCAACGCCGACCUCCGCAACCUGGCCCCCGAGACCCCGUACCUGCGCGUCUCCCCGCCAUGCUCAAGCGCCAGACCGGUCGCCGCGGCACCGACGCCUGGACCGUCCUCGGCGGCCGCGUCUACAACAUCUCCCCUUACGCCCCGUACCACCCCGGCGGCGUCCCCGAGCUGCUGCGCUGCGCCGGCCGCGACGGCACGAAGCUCUUUGGCGAGGUCCACCCCUGGGUCAACUACGAAAACAUGCUCCAGGCCUGCUUGGUCGGCAUCUUUGUCGACGACCACGAGACCCCGAGCGGCAUGGACGACAUGGACUAA